AAGGACCUGCGGUACCUUGGCGGUGAUAGAGGUGGCGAUGGAUGCAGCAGCGAUGGAAACGGGGCUUCCUUUUUAAAGAAUCUGUGUGAGCGAAGCGCGCAGAGCCGCGUUAUUUUGGGGAGACUCGGUCGCACUCCCCCUCCCGCAGUAGGUAGCGCCCCGGGUGUGCGCGCCCCGCUCGCGGACCCCAUGGAGAGACGCCGGAGGCGGCAGCUGGGGCUCCUUUCGCGGCUGCAGCAGGCAGUAACCCGACCCCGCCGGCGCGGGGACUGAAGAGGCGCCGGGGAGAGCGGCGAGCUGUGAACAAAAGCCCGCGGCGCGGGGCCGGAGCCUGGGACGUGGAGACGCCGACAAAGCACGCGGCUCAGCCAUGGUGGACCCGGUGCCCGAGGAGGAGAAGGAAGGCGCGGAGCCCGGCGGGGCGGGAGGGGACGCGGCCGCGGCGUCCGUGCCCCCGGACGCCCAAGGCGCCCAGCAGCCCGAGGCCGCCUCUGCGUCUGCGUCCGCGGCGGCGCCCGGCAAGGCCGAGGUCACGUGCGCAGCAGAAGGCGGGCGGCGGGAGCAGUCGCCGCUCCUGCACCUGGACCUCUUCAACUUCGACUGCCCAGAGGCCGAGGGCAGCCGCUACGUGCUGACCAGCCCGCGCUCUCUGGAGGCCUGCGCCCGCUGCGCCGUCAAGCCCGUGGAGCUGCUGCCGCGGGCCCUGGCCGACCUGGUGCGCGAGGCCCCGGGCCGCUCCAUGCGGGUGGCCACCGGCCUGUACGAGGCGUACGAGGCGGAGCGGCGCGCCAAGCUGCAGCAGUGCCGGGCGGAGCGCGAGCGCAUCGUGCGCGAGGAGAAGAGGCGCCUCUUCACGCCGUUGGGCCCCGCGGCGGCCGCAGCCCCGGCGCCGAGUGCGGGUAGCAGCAGCAGCUGCAGCAGCGCCAGCCUCCCGGCCUCGCCGGCACCGCGCGCGGCCCGCAAGGCCUCCUCCAGUCCCUCCCCAGCCCGGACCCAACCUCCGCCCGCGGGCUCUCGGACAGGUAGGAAGAGCCACUCGCUGGACUCGCUGUCCCGCCGGCGGGAGGGCGCUCUCUUUUCCAAGUCUGUGCAAGAAACAGGCUUCCAAAGGGUAGACAACGGGCGCGAGCGGGCCGAGCAGGUGCGCAGGGAGCGCGCUCAGCGCGCCGCCCGCGCCAAGCAGACGCAGGAGGGCCAGCUGCGGCGGGAGAAGCGGGAGCUCGGCCGGGCGGAGCGCGCGCGCCACGAGGCGCUGCUGCAGGGGCGGGCUCGGCGGCAGCGCGAGGAGCAGGAGGGCCUGCGGAGUUCCCUGGAGGCCAGCUUGGGCCGCGCGCAGGAGAACUACGAGCAGAUGGUGGAGCAGCGCACCCGGGAGCUGCGGGAGCGGGCCCGGCGGGAGGAGCUGCAGGGGAGGCGGGCCAAGGAGGCGGCCGAGCGCCAAGAGCGGCAGCACCAGGCGCACUUGGAGGCGUUGGCCCGGGCCGGGGAGCGUCGGCUGCAGCACGCGGCGCAGGUAGCCGAGGAGGCGGUGCAGCAGAAGGCGCGGCGCGCCGUCCAGACUCGGCUGGAGAAGGAGCGGACCCAGCGCGCCAACAAGAAGAAGGUGGAGAGGGACGAAGACUGCCGCCGGCGGGAACUGAUCCAGGCCAUCGGGCGCAAGUUGGAGCGCAGCGAGCAGCUGUCGAGGGAGCGGCGCAGCGCGCUGGAGAGUGCCCGCUCCACAGCGCGGGCCUCCUUCCACGUGCGCGAAAAGGUUCGCGAGGAGACCAACACGCGCUCCUUCGACCGCAUGGUGCGGGAGGCCCAGCUCCACGCCAGCCUGGAUCGCAAGUGACUGCAGCCCUGCGCCGGCCAGGGUGGCACGCUCUGCAGGGUAGGGCCUCCCGAGGCCGCUUUGACCAAACCGUGGGAGUCCCCAGUUGGAGCACAAUACUAUGGCCUCACUAGGCUGCUGACGCUGAGGCAUUGAGAGGACGGAUGUGUGGGACCUGUCAGUCGGCCCCUCCUUUGUUUUUAAACACUUAUUUCCUUUGGAGAUGACAUGGCACAAUCCUUGCCCAUGCCUGCCCUUGGUGGCUCCCACACCGGCCCUUGCCAAAUUCCUCUUUGUGUCUUGAGGGUUGGACUAGAGAGGUUCUGGGGUGAGGGGCGGAGGGAGUGGGGGUGAUGGCUCCCACCCCUCCUGCACUAGUUGCUCCAGGCACCUUUGGGACGCUGAUGUCUGGGAUAACAUUGGGUUGCUGCAGCGGAGGGGGCGUCUCCUUGGCUCACCUCCACAUCUCAGAAUAAGGCAAAUUGCACAAAACUUGGCAACCUCCAAAAAAAAGCACAGCUCUUUGAAGGUGACAGGGUGCACCCAAGUGACCCAAGCAGCUGUGGCGCGUUGGGUACGCUUGCCUUUUACUUGGCCACCUGAGCAAGUUUCCAUCUUAGUCCUCUAGGUUUUCUAGUUAGACAAUCAUCUGCAGAUAGUGGCCCCUUUGUGUCUUUUUGUUGUCUCUUUCCUAAUUCUCCCAAGUGGCACAGGAAGUGGGUUGGUUUGGUGAUGCUGUUUAGCUUUAACGGAAGCGCCCAGCCCCUGGAGGAGGUGGGGUCCUUAGGCAGCAGCGUCGCACCCCAUUAGACUUCCUUGCAGGGUGGGUUCAGGGGAGGCGGCGUCUGACGCCCAGCUCCCAGUAGACGCCCACUGUUCACAGACGGCAGCCAUGCCUUAAGAAGGAGAGCUACCUUAUGUGCCUGCCAGGGCCGAUCCAGCUGGCAUCUCUGGCCCUGAAAGCAGACUCAAGGGUGGGCCCUGGAGAGCUUGGGGUGCAGGGGGCCCUCUGUGAAGGAAUCGUCCCAAGCGCCCUGAGGACAACAAGGGUACCUGUGGCCGCUUGACCAUGGCCGCAGAAGCUGGAGUUGCCUCUUUGCUGAGGCCUGUGCUUGCUGUGGUUGGUGGGGUAGCCCUUCCCCCUCUGAAAUUCCGGGUACCCUCUCAGCUGUAACCGAAAGGUGUUUAAUCCCUCUCUUGGUGCCUCAUCCCCAUCCACCAGAUGGGGCCAUCAGUACUCCUCUCCCGGGACCUCAAGGUCUCCUGGACCCAAAGCCCCGCCUCAGUAUUCUCUGUUGGUCUUCUUUGUGCCUUUCUUGACCUGGAGUUGGGAGGCAGGAGGACUGCUGUGAGCCCAGCUGGUUUCUGGGAGCUUGGGUUCCUGGCGUUGCAUCACGGCCAGAUGGUCAGUUAGCCUCUGGGGGGGAAUACUUGCAAUACCAGGGCCAAGAGGCCAUGGCCAGUUGUCAGCAGGCGACUGUACCCUUCUGAGUGCUUCCCUUCCAUGAAGCCAAGAUUGGCCCCCAGCCUUAUCCACCUGUGAACUCUGCGUUUGCCAGAGAAGGUCGGAAGUAAAACAUCACUUUUUAUGAUAAAUUAGGAUCAGGAAAUAAAAAUACCAGAAAGGAAAAAUACAAGGAAUCAGGGUAGAGAAUUGCUACAUUAGACAUGUUUCAUGUGUGUUCUGCCAGGCAGAAUUCUCCCUACAAUGGCUGGUUAUUACACACACAUACACACACACACAUCACUUGUCAAUCUCCUCCCCCAACCCCAUCCCCUCGAAUGCCAAACACGGAUAGGAAGUGUUGUGUAGAAAGAAGUAGGGGUUAGUUGUUGCACUGAAAAUGUUGUGAAUCUAGGAAAGGAGCCGUGUACUAAGGCUUAUUUAGUGAAUGGUAAACUUGUCCCUUAACAUUUCUUCUUGUUGGUGACCAGGUUGUCAGUGAGCUGUACUAACUUGUGUGGCUUGUGAGUCAGGGGCAUUGAACUGAAAGGUUCAUGUGAUUCUGGUUCUUCCCUUGUGGUUCCUGAGUUGCUGUAGGGCUUCUGAAAACUUCAAGAAUGUUCCACCCCAAAACCACGUACUCCCAAAGCGUGUGCACUCAUGUGAGGAGACAAUCUGGUCUUUGGGAUGAGACACCAGAAGGUACACAGAUGAUCUUAUGUGGCCCUUGCCCAGUUUGUUUCCUGACUCCCUGGGUGACUUUGGGUGGAUCACCUCUCUGGCUUUGGUCCCCCUGACUCUAGGGUGGGGGGAUUGUGACUGCUGCCCUGCUCUGCACACAAGCGCUGUGCGGAUGAAUCAGAAUGCAGUGCUAUGGCUGUGGAGCUGCAGGUGCAACUGCUGUAAACAGAAGGGUCACAUGACUGUACUGAGGGUCACAUGACUGUGCUGUGGCCAGAGAGUGCAAUGCCCGGGGAAGACCUUGCACACGGUGGUCUUGAAAGGCACAUGGCAGAUCACAGUGCUGUGUGUGAUGCAAAGGCCCAGCCUGAAUGUCAGCAAAUUAGAGGUUUGUGCUUGGACAGAAGCACCAUGCAAAGGCAAAGAUUUUGAAAUAAAAAAAAUCCAUAUAACCACGUAGAAUGAAAGCAAAUACAGAAACCAAACCUCCGCACAGGAAGGAAUGGCUUCCCCAAAUUCUGGCCCAUCUACUCUGUAUUCUAGGAGAAGUUCGUGUUUCGAAAGAGGAGCUUUUUCCAGAAUCUUCAUUGGGCUCUUUGUGGGUGUUUCUUAUUCCUAAAUGCAGCAAGACAACAUUGUGUGGGGCCCAGGGCAGACGAGUGGAGAGCGGCUCCUGAUGUAUAUUCUGAUGGGCAGUGUUGACCCUGAGUGACAUUCAAACACCCCGAACUGGCCUGAAAGCACCGUGCUGGACGUUUCCUUGUGCCCACGAAGUUGCAGCCUUGAGAUGCCCACAGGUCUUCGACAUUUCCCAUCUUGGAACAUCUUGUUCAGAAAAGAGGGAAUGUGAAGUGGAGAGAGGAGGAAGGGGAUGGAUUGGAAGAAGCUUUUCUUGGGUUGGUUACCAAGGAAACAAGCGAGACAAACCAUUUCAGAUGAAAUCAUCAAUGAAACUAGCCCAGUAUCCUGUUCAGGCAGUGAGCAAUGCCCAGGCCACAUCUGGACAGGGAGAUGGAAAUUUCAUCUUGAAAGCACAGACUGAACCUUCAAUAGGGGGCAGUAACCAGGAUGUGGGGAAGACGAAGAAUCUGUGAGAAGCUGAAGCUAGACAAGUGUCUUAGUCCACUUUGUGUUGCUGUAACUAAAUACAGGCCGCUGAGUAAUUUGUAAAGAAAAGAAGUGUAUUUAGCUCACCAUUCUGGAGGUCCAAGAACAUGGCACUGGCAUCUUCUCGUCUCUGGUGAGGGCCUCGUGGCGUAUGGCAUCACGUGACGGGUGCUAGAGAGAAGUCGCAAUAGGAGAUAGGAAGCAGGAGAGGGGGAGGGGCCAGUCUUCCUCCUUUAUGUCAGCUGGUUUUCAUGGGAAUUAAUCCACUCCUUCAAGAUGCAACCCACUGUGCAAAACCUGCAUCAGUUCUUUUCUGAGGGUGGAAUCCCCACAGGACCUAAUGACCUUCCACUAGGCUCCAUCGCUUUGCAGUCCCACACCCCACCCCUGCCUCACUGGGGACCCGGAUGGGAUCCUUUGGAGGACAAGCAAUAUCCAAACCACAGCGACGAGAAUGCGAUUUGUGUUCAGUCCAUUCUGUAGAGGCCACCAUUCAUCAUUGCCCCGCCCCCUUGAAAAAAGUCUGCUGAAAACAGAAGGGUGGUGCACAAAGGGGCUGUCUCUUGCUUGCCAUUGAGUCCCCGUGCAGCCUGUGGCUUAGCACCUCCCACAUGGAAAGCACAUUAAUACUAGGUAGAGGGAGCGGUAAAUAACGGGCAUGUGACAGGUGACCAGAGUCCAUCUGUAUAGAACAAAUCAGGCAGACAGUCCUCCAGCCAGUCAACAGAUUUUCACUGAGCACCUGCUGUAUUCCAGGCACUGCUCUUGCUGCUGCUGAAACACUGAGUCUCUUUGCUGAUUGGCCCUCGGAAUCAUGAGUGCCGUGAUAUCAUGAACAGAUAUCUUUGUUUCCCCACUGGGCUUGCCUGCCUUGCCACCCAGGGAGGUAACCUCAAGCCUUUUCCAUUUUUGGGGACCAACCAUGCACCUGUCAACCAGCACCAAGUCCCUGUUGCUCUCUUUCAGAGGUGCCUUGAUUAAUCAGUUCAAAUUCGUAACGUCAUGCUCCUAAUCCGCUCUAAAUCACAAUAAAAAGAGAUUAAUCACCUUGCAGGGCAUUAUCUGUUAUGCCCUUGAGAGAAGCAGCAUGCAUAGUAAUUGUGGAUCCAGAGAACUGAGCCUCAGGCCUUGUACAAGCAGUUUGCCCAGAAGGGUACUGGCUCCAUCCUUCAGCUGUUCUUGCUGAGAUGAGGUCAACCUUGUUCAAGUAUUUCAAGUUUCUUUUUUCAUUUUCAUUUAUUUGAAAGGCAGACACACACACACACACACACACACACACACACCAUCUUCUGAUUCAUUUCCCACAUGCCCGCAACAGUCACGGCUGAACCAGGCCAAAGCCAGGAACCUGGAACUCAAUCUGGGUCUCCCACAUGGGUGGUAGAGAUCCAGGUACUUGAGCCAUUACCUGUUGUUUCCCAGGGUGCACGUUAGCAGGAACUAGAAUUGGAAGUGGAGUCCAGACUCAAACCCAGGCACUUGGACAUGGGAUCCAGGCAGCUUAACCACUGUGCCAAAUGCCCACUCUCAACAAGAAGAGAACGUUGGUCAUUACUGAGUUGAUGAGAAAAUUCAGUAAGCCAGAAUAUCCCACUUUUAAGCCUUGUGUUUGCAGUUGCUGGGUAGACUUGCCUUUCCUCCACUGUGUGAUCAUAUCUGCACCCUGUGUGUCCUGGAAACACUUGGCAGAGGAACACAAAAGCAGCUUGGCAUUGCUUCUGGUGGCCUGGAAAGGGGCUCUUGGUGGGGGGGCUUCGGCACAGCAGUUAAGACCCUGCUUGAGACACCCACAUCCCGCAGCAGAGUGCCUGGUUCGAGUCCUAGCUCUGACACUUCUGAUCCAGCUCUCUGCUACGUGCCCACCUUGGGAGGCAGCAGGUGAUGGCUCAAGUACUUGGAUCCCUGACACCCACGUGGGAGAACCAGAUUGAGUUCCAGGGUCCUGGGUUUGGCCUGGUCCAGCCUUGGCAUUGUGGGUGUUUGGAGUGAACCAGUGUCUCUCUGCCUUUCAAAUACAAUGAAAAUAAGUAAAUAAAAUUUUCUCUUAAAAAAAAAAAAGAGGUUCCAGGGACCCAGCAGUUGACAAUCUGUUUUAGGGACAUUUUUAUAUGAGUACGUGCUAUAUUUGGCUUUGGGUGUUUGGUGUAGCACAUCUAUCAGAGCUGAACACAAGCUUUGGUGAUGUGUUUUUAAAAGGCAGCACCUCACUGACCCAGGUGUGUCCUCGGCUACAGGGAGCUCCUCCCAGCACCGCUUCACUACUAAUGCCCUAGCUUCGAUGGGUCAGGGCUGGAACAGAGGGUAGAACUGACAGCUGCGGUUAGGGUGUGGGAUGGGGGAUGGCAUCUUUCUGAGGCAUGCGGAAAUGUCAUCGUUUGCAGUGUUGCUCCUUUGCAAUUCAGCACAUAUCAGGUCACUUUAAAAAGUUCAUGAGAAAUAACAUUUAAAGAUACGUUUAUUUUGUUGCCAACAAAUUUUUGAAAUCCAUGCCUAUGAAGGGUCUUCAAAAAUCCAUGGAAAUGCAUAUUAUUUUUUACAUUAAAAUUACAUGGAUUUCAAAUAUUUUUGCACCAAAAUAAAUUUACCUUCUAAUUCCGUUUUCCACACAUUUUAUGAAGUACUCUCAAACAGUCAUGUCCCACGUAAGCAUGAAAACCUGCUCCAAGCUGCCAUCUUGGAAUGUUCUCACCUUUCUUCCUCCGACUAACAGUCUUGAUGGCACACUUUUGUGUCAGACACUUGCACGAUUCACGGGACUGUCCACAACAUGUGAGCACACAUGUACACACACACACACACACACACACACACAUCUCUCCCAUCCCGCUUCCAUGUUCUUGCAGAGGAAGGGAAUCUGUAGCCAUCUUUUCCUUCCAAGAAAGGGUAAGCUCUGGAAAGAUCGAGCUGCCUCUUGGUGGUCGUUCAUGGCUUCCACCUACCUCCAGACCCAAGGCUGCCUCCAGGCUCUGGGCUGUGAAUUGGUAUCUGUAUUUCCCAGAUCCAUUACUGGGCCUCGUGAGUCACAAAAGGUGUUCACGCUGCCACCAUACGUCCCCUUCCCGGAGUGUCCGCUCAUGUGUGG